GGGGGAACAGUUACGGCUCCCCGUGUUGGAGGGGAGGGAGAAUGGUAGGUUGGCAGAACUGGGGGCGCCUGAAUUAGCGGCUGCUGAUGCGGCGUGGGGCUCGGCUUAGUGAGGCGUGAUCCUAGGCCCUCACAAUGGGCGUCUAGGUCAACGUGGCGGUUGAUGCUGUCCGAGUUGUGCCAUGCCCCUAGGAAUUCUCUCGCCCGUUUUGCGUUAGCCGUUGCGAUGAUCUCAGUGUCAUCCCAAUUGAAACGGUGGUCGCACUGGAGUGCGUGUGCAAAGACGAGGAGCAGUGGGUCACGGCGACGGAUAGCUAGUUCGUGUUCAUUAAUUCGAGUUCAGAGGCGUCGUCCUGUAUAACCAACAUAUACGCAGGGGCAAUUGACACACGGAAUGCCAUAGAUAACGUUAGUCUGUUCUUCUUUGGUAAUAGAAUCCUUUACUUGAGAUACGGCUGUGCACAGCGAGGAUGCAGGCUUGUGGGAAACGCAGAUACCGAACUGAUUUAGCCGACGGACGAUCAUUUCUGAGGUCCCCUGCAUAUAGGACAGGGAGAAGAAUUUCUGUGUCACGAUUUCUCCAUUCGAGGAUGGGUCUUGAGGUUGUGCCUGGCGCCUGAGGCAGUUCUUCACAAAACUGAUCGGAUCUGUGAUGCUGUAUAUUGUGGCCAAACGGCAAAGUCUGCCUCUACAAGCAUCCAUGAACAUCAACCAGCAGUUAAAAAGCGAGAUCACUUUCUUAAAUGCUUAUUCACACCCUUGACACUGGGCACAUCUUCGUGUGGGACAAGAUCCACGUCAUCGGAGUUUGCCACUCUAAAAAAGACCGAGAGUUUCCUGAAACCAUGCACUCCGAUGAACCACGCAUCAAUCGGCACACUGAGUUAGAUGACAUGUACAGAAAUCUCAGGGGAAAGUGAUGGAGAUGAGAGCCAAUCAACACGGCGGCCGUUCACUGGCGCAAACACCAAAUAAAUAUUGAUUUCCCAGCCUGUUGUUUUUGGCUGUUGUUAAAUAGGCACGAGAAACCGCGCAAGCCUCGGGAAGAUUAAUGUAGCAGUCUACUGAUCCGUUGCCUGAGUGUCAUGUCCCCUACAGCUGUUUUAAUUUGUAACGAUAAACUCAGCCAAAAUGCCUGGACUACGUCGAUCCCGAACUUGUGACUCACUUUCGGGGCGGGAAAGGCCACUUGUGAUGCGGACCUGCCUUCUGAACUGCCGCUUGCUCAUGCUCGUCUGUAUUGUAGAAAGUAGACGACGACCGACCUCCGUGCGUUAGGAAUUGAAUGCUUUGGAUUCACACCCUGACAGCAAGAUAUCGAACCGACCUUGUCCAACAUCCGUGCCCGAAGAACCAUGUUGCCCAACUCGUUUUCAAUCUUUCGCUCUUAACUCGAGCCUCUUCUUUCUGUACGGGUUCACAUGCCUGACAUCGAUUUUCAUGAACUUUUUCUCACUUCUAUUCCUUUCCAGACUCACAUAUAUCAUUAUCAGACAAUGACACCUGUCCAGCGUGCCCUCAUGCUCACCAUCGACGAGAACAUGGAAGUUCUGGAACAGGGCAAGCAGAUGCUUGACAUUGGCUCGCCCUCGGAACGCGUCCUUCUCAACAUUGGCCAUGAUGAGGUGACUUCCAGUCUAAUUUCCCCUCACCAUCUUUUCUUCUUCUUCCAAUGUCCAGAAUUUUCGUUUCCUUGUUUUCCCGUUGUUGCGCCUGGCGCUCCUAUCAUUCUCCUGUUUCAAUCAUCUAGGCCUCAAAGAGAUGGCUGGACGAGUCUAUGGGUGCCAGUCAAGUGAAGGUUGCGGACGAAGUCGGCGCGAUGAAUGCCGCCGUCGCACAAGCCGUUCGCUCUGCCAACCGUGCUGACGCUGUUCUUAGUCAGACCGCCGGCUACGAAGCGGGAGCUGGCAACGAUCCCGGCGACGACCUCAUGAUGAUGCAGCAGUCGUUCCGCGUAGUCACCGUUCACUUUCCCGCCUUCGUGGAUGAUGUGAAACGUGUGGCUGUGUUGCGACGAGAGACGGGCGCUUUGCAGGCCGAGGCGGAGGAAAACCCUGAGACUCGCGAAUACAUCACCGUGCGGGCGGAGAACUCGGCGCAGAACCUUUUGGGCGCCGCACGCACAGUGGCAGACAGCUUCUCGGAACUCCUGAAGGCCGCCACACCUCUAACGACUCAACAGGUUGGCCCCACUUUCCGCGCUCUUACUCUCCAUGUUCAACUCGCUUCGAUAUUAUUAUUAUUAUUCCUCACUCCUUCAUCGGUAUACUUUUCAACAUGGCCGUCCUUUUCCCCCAACCCCUCUCCCCUCCAUCUCUUUUAACCAACAGCAACCGGACUACGAGGUGUCUUCCACGGUGCAGUACUCUGACCAGGCUGCUCCGGUCAGAGGUUCUGCACGAAAGGCCAUCCUAGAAGCUGCCAAUCGCGUGGGCGAGGCGAGCAAUGACUUCCUUCGCUGCGUCAUCCAGGAUGGCGAGGAACAGACGGUGGAGGCAUACGACAAAGGCACGGGGCAGCGAUCUUUCGCGGAGGAGGAGCGCGCCUACCAGGCGAGUUAAUAACCCUUCAAUUAUCAUGGUUUUUAUGGUCAAUUUUGGUGUGCGUAAACGUGUCGCCACCUGGCGUUAAUUGUGAUCGACCUCCCUUAUGAGGUCGACACAGAGUCAGAUUCUUCCACUUUCUAUUGCUCCACUUUUACCGCGUAAUUUCCAAAUAUCGAGUACCUCCUGCUUAUCAGCAAAGUUCCUUCUACGCUCCUAACCGCCCUUUUGGUUAACUUGGAUAACUUAGACACUCAAAGCAAGCAUUCCCUGUCUAGGAAGCAAUGCAAGUCUUUAAUUUACAAGAUCAAAGUGAAUAUCCUCGCUUGUAGCUGGCAAAGACUGGUUCAUCCCUCAGUGUCCGAAAGUGCAAAACAACGUUGUUGACUCCCAGUCUUAGACUUUGAUCGGAUUGAGGCGUGAGUGACUGAAUAACGAGCUAGAACGGCCUAUUACCGUUCACCCUGCACUACACUGUCAAUAGUCCGCCCAAACUCACCUCCAGCUUGUUGAAAGUACUUUGGCUCGAUGCCUUUAUCCUUCCAAACAUAAAUCAAGCGCCAACCCAACUGAGUAAGUUUUACUGUUCGAAGAAAAUGGGCAGGCGUGGGUUGUACAGAACUGCUGUACCCCCCUGAAAGUCUGGACGGAUAAACAAGGGGUUGCGGAGACUAGCCUCCUUCCUGUUGAGCACACGUGCUUGUCUGGCUCGAGUCCCCCUCAGCUGGCAGUCCCGUUAUCACAAAAACGUGCUUCACGCCUUAUCGCCGUCUCUGAUUAUUUUCAGCCCGCAAGGCAUGCCGCUGCGAGUGUUGGGAAACUAGCCUGGAUUUUGUCUAUACCCUGACUUCCCUCCUAUAUUAGUGCAGGAACUUUACAAGCGUCUAACGCCCUCUCGCCCCUUUGAGAAGCAGACCAUAUCAGCUGAGGUACAGGGUAUCACACACGUAUGCAUAUAUACUGUUUUGAUAACCAGUUCGGACACGUCGCCAUAUGCAAACCGAUGGAGGGAGGGGAGGGAAGGAAAGAUACAAUUCUUUCCACUUGUUCUUUCCACAGCGCUUUCCUGUGUCUGCGGUUGUUGGUUGUAAUAUUUGACUGUCCGCUAGAGUUUGUUGCCCUUGCGGUUCGAGAUGUCUCGCUUGAUAAACCGUCUAAUAGCUCAUAGCGGAUUUUUGCGUUCCAGUCUGUGCUGGAUAUAAUGCCGAAGUAGUAGUCAUUGAGAAGUCAAAAAACAUAAUUUCCGGGGUUUAGAGUUUAUUACAGGAACUCGGCAACCCGAAUUGUGUCUCAAACGAAGAAUUACUGCGUAUUCGAACAGGAUAUUCCAACUCGAAUAACAGGGGCCUUCGUAAAAGUCAACGCACCAUGUGCUUAUUCCUAAAACCACCAUAAUCCUGCCAUACGCACUGGAUCUGUAGUUUAACCGUUAUAAAUCACUUAUGACGGAGGCGCCAUUUUUACUACCACCCGACCACUGUACUCUCUCCACCAGUUGACCAUUUUCCCUCCCUUAACAUCCUUCCAAGACUCAGACACUUCUUGUUUGUGUAAAUCACCGGUGCGGAUGGCCCUCAAAGCGUCGAUUGAUUUAUUGUUCACAUUCUCGCUGUCGCUGCCGCUGCGUCUCGUAAAAUAACACACGCUCGGCACCGAGGGCAACUACUCGCCUCGUGCCCCGCCCACCUCCCCCACCCCUCCACUGUCGAUACGUGUUCUGACACGCCACAGGCAUAAGCCGUUCACCAGUACUGUGUGUCUGCCUGCCCGCCCCAGGUGCCUUGGUCGGCUGUCGGUAAUUGAGGCCAGACUUUGGAUUUUGCCGCUGGAGUGUUAAAGCGCCUUCUGGUAGGCGCAACUCUUAGGCUUCUUUCACUCAGCACCAGCUUAAAUUAAGCGGACCUCUCUGCAAAGACUCUCGUCCACUCGGUUUUAUGGACGUCUGAGUAUUCUCUUUCCUCACGGAAAGACAUUUUUGGCUCCGAUAAGCAAAAAGGAAACUAGAAAGAAUGACUGUUUAGGGGAUUAACUAACAAAAAGAUAAGAUUUCUUUGCCUUGUCGUCUUUUCCGCUUUCUCGCUUGUUUCUGUUAUGGCUUUGGUAGUUUGUAAUCUGACUAACCUAACGCACUACCGCUUCUCGGCGACUUCCACAUUCAUAAUGGGCUCUGGUUUCUCUUAGUUGCUCUGUCCCUUGACAAUGACUGUCACGUGUCGCAACUCUAUGGAGAAUAAAUAACCUUUUGCUUAGUGCUUCACGAGUGCCGCCGUCACAAGCGAAUUACGAACGUCCAGCAUUUUUGCCGAGUCUCUCUGAGAUGUCAUGAGCAUGUCUUUCGAUAGACCUAACCAUUUCAGAUUUAAAUAAUACGUUUUACACCUUAUUUUAGCAGUAGGAUGGUUUUUCGCCCCUACGGGACUUUUACUAAUAUCCUUUCACUGUUUAAUAGACUGUCUCUCUUCAUACUUAUCACCGCCUACAGGUUGACCUGCGAAUUGCCUGACCAUUUGAUGAUAUUUUGCCUUCUAUGCUUACUUAUGAAUUUACACACCCAUAUAAUCCUUGGACCAUAGGACGAACUGCUUGGCCUGGCCAAGGAGGUCGCAAAUGCCACAGCCGGUCUGGUUGUGAAGGCCAAGCACCUGGCGACGCAGACUAAUUUGGAUCCGGAACAUCAGCAGGAUGUGGUCUUUGCUGCGACACAGACAGGGCUCUGCACCAGCCAGCUGGUUGCCUGUACCAAGGUAUGCCAAUCCUCUGUGACUACCAAUAACACCGCGUUUUAUUUUGAGGUAUAAUGAGAGCCUACUGCUUAAUGAUAAGUAGUAAUGGUGUAAUCGUUUGGUUUUAGGUCUUGGCACCAACGAUACAGCAACCAACGUGUCAGCAACAGUUGUCCGAGUCCGCGCGGGAAGUUUCUGUAGCUGUUGAAGGCGUUGUUAAGGCGGCUCGUGGUGCCGGCCAAUCUGUCUAUGACCAACAACAAAACCUCGCGCCUGAAGAAUUGUCUGAAGUCAAUGAAGCAGUGCAGAAUGUAGAUGACGCAGCGACGGAAGUUCGUAACACCCUAGAUCGUCUCAACGCCCACUUACUCAAAGAAUCCGUACGGGUCAGUAGUCUUUCCUUCGCCCUUCCCGCCUAUUUCUGCAAGUUUUUGGCCCCAGUUUUGCUUUUUGCGGCAUUUUUAAUGUUUUUAUGUACACUUAUUGAUAAACUGAGGAAAGAGUACUGGUGGCCGGCCGCCUGGAAUUUACAAGAUGUCCCAGAAAUCUAGAGGGAGAGGAAGUGAGAUAGAUAGACUGCGACCCGUGUUCCAAAAUUGCCAGCACACGGCCGACUACUUUUAUGACUGGAAGCCUAUAACGUCAGCUUGCGAGAAGAGCAGGCAGAAGGACAAAUGACUCAGUUCUGGGAUUCCAGGCUCCUGGGAAGCCCUUUAGUUCACCCCUUUCGUACAUCCAUACAUAUUUCCUCGAAGCCAGUCGGUACGAACUUCGAGUAUUUUUGACUAAAUGUUCACAGAUGCGUCUUUCGUGCGGUCGAUGAUGGCUUCUGGGAACAGUUUAAAUUGAAAAGGGGAUCCAGUUUUUACCCAAUAUCUCUUUGUCCAUGUUAAUUCCUUCUUCUCCAAGUCGGGAACAAGACUCGCCCCAUUGACCUACUUUUUAUAUCUAGAGGCAUUGCUGCCAACCUAGUUUUCAAGACUAAUUAUUUUUUACUAGUAGUUAAAGAACACUAAAUAGUAAGUAGCCAUUUGUCUUCAGCCCUAUUAUGUUACUGUGGAAGUCGAACACCAGGAUCGCUGGGCCACUAGGCCUCUACCUGACUGCCUCGAUAGGCUGAAGAGUUAUAAAAUCACAAGCGGCCAGUCUUCCUUCAGAGACGUGGCAUUUCUACCUAUGACCUUUAGAUGCUUGCUUAGGUGAUUGCUGCAAUUCAUGUCAAAGUGGCACUAACAAUCAUGACUUCAUUACGGAGCGGAAUGCAGGUGUACCGCUCCAGAUCUCUCGAAACAACAAGUGAUCAUUUCUCGGAAGAAUUGCCGACUAAUGAAGACGGAAUAGUUAAAACCUCGGGUCUUUUAAGUCUGGUGCCGAGGUUUUAUUGGAUAAGAACGGCGAAUAAAUCAGAUGGUGCACCCUCAGUCCCCAAUAUUUUCAAAGAAAGUUUACUUGCUGCAAUGAGACUGCCUGCUAGGGUUCUAGAGAUAACCUUGAGACAGAAGGAAUGUUCACAUUUUGUUUUCCUACGACCCUAGCUCGCGAACUGCCGUUGCCGCCUGAACUUAAGUAGUCUCCAUUGCAGCCAGCAAAGUUCGAGUCCAUAGAUGAACUAGCAGGGUGUCACUUUUCAUGUCAACCGGACACAGGUCUAACUCCGCGACCUGCCUGGCCUGACAUAACGGACAUCUGCAGGCAUAUAUGACCACUCUAAUCUUCCCAUUCAUCGUCGGCAAUGUGUAUUGUUUAUUGUCUCAAGGGAACCCCCUACCCUGUCCAUCCAACUUGUCGUACCCUGAAAAAAGGCAUUCAUUCCCAUCAAGUGUUGAUUUUCUGGCUUAGUACAAGCAGUCUUCUUUCUGAAGUAGUCGUAAACAGCAUCUUCAAACAGGCUACGUCAAUUCGCAGUUUAUGUCACAUUCCUGUCUGUCAUGAGAAUCCUCUUGACAGCCAAGGCUACCAUAAAAACGCCAAUUCAAGUCCAGUGAGUAGAUCAACAACCACUCAGCAGUAAAUAUUCAUGGGUACAAGUAAAUUUGGUUUCGCACGACAUGCAAGUAAAGGACUUCGCUACCAUCGUUUAAAGUAUAGUGGGGGGUUGGGGUGGGGGUGGGUAGUGAUGCUUGUUUCAUUGGUAGGCGGUUGUGCGGGCGUCUCUAGGUUGGGUAGACGGGUGGAUGGCUAGUGAGGAUAAGAUGGACAUCUCCUGACCUACCCCUAUUUCCUCCUUGUAAUUGUAGCCUUACCGGGGUGAUAACCUGGACCUCUUCCAGGCCGCUUAUGAGGCAUUGCAGAGAGAAACGGACGGUCAGCGCAUGGUCGCGGCGGCACGCCGUCUCUCACAGGUCUCUGCCCAGAUGAUCGCCGACGUGAAGACACAGGCUGAACAGGCUGAAGGAGAUCCGGAGAGACAGACAAAACUGUUUGCUGCAGCCAAACAACUUGCAGAUGCCACCACGGACCUCAUAAACCACGCUAAGGUUUGUCUUUAUUUUUUUCCUCUAUUCACGUGCCUAUUCGAUUUCUAACAGCGCGCCGUGCUUAGGGCCAUCGUGGGGACAUGUCACGGUUUACGUCAGCAAUUUCGCCAGUAAUUCCUCUUUUGGCAGAAUUUGAUGAGCCCCUUUGCGCCGUCUACCGAGGCCUGUCAGAAAUAUCUUGUUUUGCGAUAAUGAUUAUGGGCCAUUCUUUCCGAUAUACCGUCUAGAAGGUGUCUUCGUGAUCAGUUCACAUAGUCUCAGACGCUGUGUGCGACCUCCUCUGACACGUUCACCCAUCACCACAGCAACUGUUGCAUUUUUUCUCGUCUGACAGGUCUGCUUACGGUUCUGGCUAUUGUUAUUAUCCUUUCUGUAUGUCACACCAGGUCGUUUCUGUUGUGGACCAUCGAAUAGCGAUUAAACUGGGCUGUGUUCUUCAGGAAUUACGUGUAUGCCUUCUGGUAGAUUUUUAUAAGUCUCGAAGGAAUACUUUUGCACCAAGUUUUAGAUCUUUACUCGUUUUAUUCACACACGUCUCGGGCCCGGCUUAAGUGAAGCUGUCACCAGUUAUCCGCGCCGUUUCUUGUUCAAGAAAAACAUUAAUUGUACGCAUAUGCGGAUCGCCUAUCCAACGUGAUGGGAACUGUCGCAAUCGGGGAAUGGCGGUACUUAUGAAUUGCAGUUAUACCUGCGUAGCAAUGACUCCACGCUCCUGCCUGACUUCAUUGGCCGGCAGUGGAACGAUACGGUCGAGGCUACGUGAGACAAAUUCCGACUGCUGUCCUUGUUUGCACGGUUUUUACAUGUCGUGUCCCACGAAUUAAAAAAAAAAACAUGUAUGAUGCUGCAGUCCGACGUAAUAAUCAACAGUGGUGCCUUCAUCAAGUUUGCUUUGUGGUUCGGGUGAUAGUUAAGGCGUUUUGGCUACCGGUCUUAGGAAGUAUUCGGAACCUGUCGACGGCUGAGAGCAGACUAGGCUGUUUUCGAGUGAGUGUAGCAGCUUCAACCCAAUUUUCGCAGUAAGACACGGGAGUAGGAACGCCCUCAGUAAUACAGGUGACCCUGCGCUAAACUCCAGGGGGCGUACUUAUUCACGUGUCCUAACCCUAUCUGUAAUAAUAACGCAAAUCCCAACCCUAAUCUUAACUCUAGCCCUAACCUUAAUCUCCUCGGAAUUUGUCUCAAAACCACUUCUAUUCCCGGGAGGGGGGGGUCUUGUUCCCGUGUCCUACCGUUUGCUCAGCCAUGAAACCGAACGUCCCAUCGGUGGUGUGCCAUUUUGGAUCCCCGGAGAUCGCAGAGGUACACGAGCCGGUGCGCUCCCGUUUGGGGUUCUACGCAUUGGAGUCGCGUAUCUCCUGGUUUGCUAUGUGGGGAUGAACACAGAGUUUAUCAAACAAGGCGCAAAUUUACGUUCAAAAUUCGGGCGAGUGAUUAGGGACGGAUCGCGAAUAGCGGUGCUCUUCGCGUCUGACCAACCUUGUUGCGAAGGCGUCCAACACGGCCGAGGUACUUUACGCAAUGCGCACAGGAGCACGAAUUUUCUGUCGCUGGAAGUGUUGUUCCUCGGUAGUCCAGCGUUCCUACUGCUUCUCCUCUGCCUCUUGUCUUAUUUUGACCUUAAAGCUUACAGCCUCAUUGCGGCUAUGAACUAAUAUGGAGACCAGGAAGCAUUUCAGAGUGGCAAACAUAAGAUACAGAUACUUCGACAUUUGUUAUUUUCCUUCGCACAACUGCUGUUAACAGGAAAUCUUCCCACAUUAAUAGGUUGAUAUUAUUGACAUUCUGUCCAUUGAGCCAGUCACAAUCCUAGUCGCAGCUUCACCCAAACCGGAGCACUGGGUUCUUUAUUGUCUCGAUGUUCGAACUGUCCCGAAUGUCGGUGAGGAUAUGCUUGAAGUGGCAAGAUAACCAUCUUAAUCCGAAUUCAAUGAUAAUAAUUUUCUUUACGGAUCUGUUGUUUUUAGUUCGUUUUGCUCCCUUGGGACCUCGCUGAUUUGUCUUCUUCUAGAAAUAUCUGGGUGUGUGUGCGCGUAGGCUAUCACGAGUCUUCAUUCUUCCCUAACACGCUUUUGCCUUCAGGUCUGCUCGACUACACCGGACUCAGAGCAGAACCAGACGAAGUUGAAACAGUCCGCCGACGAACUCGUGGUCGUCGCCUACGCAUCCGCCGCAGAGCUCUUGAACGCCCGCGUGAUGCGUAGUCUUCAGGCCGCUGCGCGAGCAGUUGUUACUGCUUCCACUCACCUCGUCAACACGAGCCGUUGUGCCGCCAAGAAGUCACGAUCCAACAACUAUCACGUGAGUUUCGUUGUGCCUUUAUGUCCACGGAACGGCAGUGAAAAUUUCUAUCACAUGGCCUCCCUACGUUUAUUGUGCUUCACGAUUUGCCGGACUUGUCAAUUCCUCCCCUCUCUCAUUUUUUCUAAUACAUUUAUACUGUAAGAAAUUCGAUGUGCCUGUCUGGUGCGAUCGAAAUUUAUACUCAGUAUCCUUUAAUACUUACUCUGUCCAGCUCUUUCCACUUGCGCGAAAUAACGUAUCUGCCGGCUCGUGUACCGCAUCUGACCGAUCAAUUAAUUGUUGCCCAAAAUGUGAGCGCCUACGAUGAAUGCCUGGCAAACUGCUAUUCGAGCACGGUCUACCAAUCGUUGGGGCAGAAUAGAAACAAUGUCGUCAAGAUAUUACAAUCCCCUUACCUUCCUGGCUCUUGUUCAAUUUCUGUCUGUGGUAAUGAGUUUCAGUAAGAAUCCCGAGCGUCGGGUGAAUAAAGUCCUUGUUCCAGCAUUGGAGAACACCUCGUACCAUGUCUAAGUGCUCGGGCCGGAACUAAAUUUUAUUUGAAUUUGCGUAUGCCGACUGCCGUUUCUGACGAGACCGUCGACGUUCCUGCUUAUAAUGGAGCGGCUUCAUAGAAGUCGCCCUUGCUGGGUUCUCUGGUUUUACUUGCUGAGGUGUUUUUUUCUUCUUUGAAGCUAAGGGUCGGUCCUCGUAUUUGCUGUCUUUAGAUCCUUGAGGAUGCCAGAGUUGUAAAUGAACUUACUCCUAAGCUCGUUGCUGCCAUUCGCUACGUUCGAAGUCGCCCUGAAGACCCUCUUGCCCAGUUGGAACUUAUAUGCGCCAGCCAGCAAGUUGUCGAGGUGAGUGCCUCAACUUUUGCUUCGUGUCCAACCUCCCCUCUCCUCCCCAUACUCUUGCCUUAUGAGCCUAUGCAUAUGCAUACAGUAUGCAAAGAAAUUCGUGAAACAUUAUCUGAGAACUUUGAUCGGCUACCCAUGACAGAGGAGGACUGUUUUUAGACUUUUUCUGAGCGGUGGUUGACGUAGUUAACUGUCAAAUGAGUAAAAGAAAGGCUACUUUUGUGCAUUUUCUAUAUAAAAUAGAUUUGAGUUUAAAAUGAUAUCAAAAACCAAUGGGAAUGAUUCAUGCUGCCUGAGUAGUUAUUUUCUACGGAAUAUAGUUUAUGCAAGCUGCUGAUAAGGAAAUCAUCUGAAGGCCGGCAUUCUGACGUGACCCGAAUGUCUUAAAAUUGUGCGGCACGAUAUUCAGUGUGACAACUCUUCCUAAGCAACCUUUUCGAGCGGGGGAUCUUGACCUAAUUAUGUGCCCACCCCUUUAACACAUAAGUUGCUUGUCUGUAAGUGGCUUUCCUGUCGCGCCAACCAAUUUUGUCUUACUAUUUCACUUUCUGAUCUGUUUAUUUCGUCACCAGCUCGUAAAUCCACGAGAACAACUCGAUUUUUUUAAUGAACCCUCUUUCCUCAUAUUAUCUCGGAAUGCACACUACCUCAGCUGUUCUGUGUAUAUGAAGUAGUCUAUAAGAUUCCAUGUGGCACUUGUAAUGCAGUGUAUUGUGGUCAAACCGGAAAAUCCGCCUCUACACGCCUACAUGAACACCAAUUGGCUGUGAAAAGGCGGGACCACUUAUCCCAAGUUGCCAUGCAUACUCUUGAAACUGGGCAUAAAUUCGCUUGGGAUAAAACACGAAUUGUCGGUUCCUGCCCAUAUAAGAAAGACCGAGAAUUCCUAGAGGCCAUUCACUCUGAUGAUUCAUGCAUCAAUCGACGCAUCGACCUUGAUACCAUGCACACAAAUCUCAAAGAAAAAUGGAAAAGGUAGUAGCCAAUCAAGACGUGACAUCAGCCCACAGCAUUAACCCAUCCUCAGCCAUGACAGAGCAAUAUCGAUUUUUUCGGCAUUGUUUAAAUUUUGACUGUUUUUUCACACUUACUACACGUCUGAAGACGAGCUGGGGAACCAGACUCGAAAAUUUACGAUCGGGUUACAGAACAUGCUCGUUCUGUUGUGCCUUGGGGCUCAUACUUAAACCCUCGCAGGCAGUCGCACAGCGACUAGUGAUAUAGGUAGAUAACUGAUAUUCCCGAUCACAACCGACAGGACAACGGGCCCGUGGCUCAAUGGUAGAGCGUCAAACUCCAUGACCAAAGAUCCCGGG